AUGAUACGGAGGUUUAAUCUUAACGACGGUGGUGGUGCCAGAGCUCAUUCUGUUUCCGAUCUGAAACUGCCGCGUAUGGCACCAGUGUCAAUUCACAGAGAUGAUGGUGCGCCUGAGAAUAUGGUAGCUCUUCCUUGUCUUAAGUCAAUGACUUGGGAUUGGGAGAAAAAGAAUACAAUGCCUGGUGGUAGAGUUGCAGUUAUCAAAUUGAAGUUGCACGAUUACAGAAAGUUUCCCUCAGCAGAUAUGGAUGUCAAGUUUCAGCUGUCUAGCGUGACACUUGAGCCUAUGCUAAGGUCUAUGGCUUACAUUAGCGAGCAACUCUCAGCUCCAGCCAAUAGAGUGGCUGUCAUCAAUUUGAAGCUUCUAGAUUCUGAGACAACAACAGGAGAAUCAGAGGUCAAAUUUCAGGUGUCCCGGGAUACAUUAGGUGCUAUGAUGAGAUCAAUGGCUUAUAUCCGUGAGCAGCUCUCUAUUGUUGGAGGGUUACAGACAGAACCACAAGCGAAGAAACAGCGCAAGUGA